AUGCAACAGCUUGAUUUAAAAAAUGUUUGCGCCACUGAUGACUUGGAUAUUCCAGAUAGUACAGUAGUUGAAGUUCCAUCGGAAUCAUUCUGGUUAUCUAAAGACGCGGAGUUCGACUGGUUCGCUGAAAACGCCUUCUUAGAACGGAAGGAAUCGACCAAAGGAAACUUCAACUCGAUGGGCUUGAGUCAGAGUGUGAAUCCUAGCCACUCGAAUCCGAGCUCGCAGCGGUAUUCAGUGAGCUUGAAACCGAAAGCUCCCAUAAUUGGUUUGCCUAAAACGCAGAAGACGACUUAUGUUGAUUUAAAGUGUAGGCAGUGUAAACCGCUAAACGUACGGCUGUUCCCGAAGAAGAUGUAUUCCUUCGCGGUUCGAGCGACGGAACCGUCGUCUCCGAAGGUUUCGUGUAUUGGCAGAGUUAGAUCCAAGAGCCGUAGGAACUUAGCAGAACAAGCAGUUGAACCGGUCAAAUCUGCAUGUCAACGAUCAGGAACCGGUAGGGCGCAUAAAGCCGGUUUGAUGUCUCGUAUACUGUCGUUAUUCGGUUUUCAAGAUCACCGGAGAAAAAACAGUGAAACGACGUCGGGAAAGGAGAAAAAACUCGGAGAAAGAUCCGGUUCAAGGAGGACGUGGGUGAGUGUAAAACCGGUAAACAGUGAACCGGGAAUGCCUUUUGAACCGGAUGCAUUGGGAGGCAUGAUCCGGUUCGCGUCAGGGAGAAGAUCGGAUUAUUUGGGCGGUUUAGAGACUGAUGACGUGGCAGGACGUCAUUCGUUGGGUUCAAAAGUUGGGCCCACCAGGUAG